CUUCAAUCGUUCUGACAUUCAACACCUGUCUAUUUCAUAAUGACAAAUAGAAUUACAUCGACUGUGGAUCCUGCUUACGUCUCGUUAGGUGGCCAUUGGUGUACCAUCGAAUCAAGUCCUGCGGUGUUCAACGCGCUCAUCCAAAAGAAUGGAGUACGUGGUGCCUAUAUAAAAGAAGUAUGGUCACUAGACCGUGAGAUCUUUGAUUUGUUCAAAAAAGAGACAGUCUAUGGGUUCAUUUUCUUACUAAAGUCUCAAGGGAGACGCUUGUCCAAGGUCGAGAGCAUGGGUAUGGAUGUGGACACGAGUAACAUUUAUUUCGCCAACCAAGUGAUCCCUGAUGCUUGCGGCACUCAAGCGCUACUCUCAAUCGUGUUAAACUCGCCUACACUUGAUAUUGGGCCCAUGCUUAAUGAGUUUAAAGAAUUCACGUCAAAAUUUGAUCCUAAGGACAAGGGCCUAGCAAUGACUAAUUGUAAAGAACUACGGGAGAACCACAACAGUCUCACAGGGAGAUUUGAGCGCCAACCCAUCUUACCGCUACCAUUUCUGAUGGAAAUUGAUGGGCAAGAAAAUCCAGAUGACGAUGAUACUCAAUUUCACUAUGUAGCAUACGUUCAUAUGGAUGGCUAUGUUUGGGAGCUUGAUGGUCUACAGCCAGAGCCGUUGAGGUUGAUGCCAUGUACUGAAGAGACGUGGUUGGAUGUGGUCCGAAUCGAGCUUAUGGCGCGCAUGAGGACGUAUGGCGAAGAAGAGGGCCAUUUCGUGUUGAUGGCGGUUAUCAAAGAUCCAAUGAUAGUGCUUCAUGAGAAGCUGGAUAAACUGAGAGUGAUAGCAGAGGCAUCAAUAGCUAGAUCCACAAGUGUGAGAGGCAAUCAGCAAGAACAGGAGAAAGAGAAAGAGAAGGGAAAACAUUACAUCCAACCUACAAUGGCCAUUGUUGACGAAAUUGCCGCAGUAGAACAGGAGAUCGAGACUCUGGAACAAGGAAUCGUGGCAGAGCAGAGGGAGAUCCAAGAGACAGAGGCGGAUUUUCAAGAAGCAAUCAACAUCUUCAUGAAGGCGUAUGUCGAAAUGAAAGGUAUCCAUACCAAUAACUACAACAGCAAGGCCAAGGCUGAAGCGAAGGCUAAAGACAAGUCAAAAGGCAGAAUUAAGAACAAACCUAGGACCAAGGCUAAAAACAGAGGCAGGAAACGGCUUCUAACCAAUGACGCUGACAGCGACCAUUCUAUGGACCUGGAUAGCGAUGAAUACAAUAACGGAAUUAAUGUAUGUCGAUAAUGAGGAUUCUAAAGGCUUAUUCAGAUACUCAGGUAGUUACCAUCACCCUUUUUCAAUGGUAUACAACCAGAACAGUAGCCUCCAUGAUAAUAUACACCAAACUACAAUGACAAUCUAUCCGUUGAAGAAGAAAAAAAGUAAAGUAGUAGAGGUCUGCCCAUUGAGGAGCUACGUUGUUUCUUAACAGUAUAGUAGCCACAGCAUCACAGAAAAGGAAUAUCAAAUCAAAUAUUAAUCUACACUUACUCGUCCCUUGUCCGAUCAUUGCGAGUCAUCAAAU